AUGUCGCAAUGCUCCGGCGAUGGACUGGCUUCCCGCCGGGCAGAAUCAUCUCCUCUGCUGGGAAACAGGGCCACUGAUGGAUCAUGUACAUCGUAUAACCCUGCCGGCUAUGACACCAACGAAGCCGUGACCUUCCAGCCGAGCGCUCCAUUGCCAAAAAAGCAAGUUCUCUUGCUAUGCUAUGCACGUCUGAUGGAGCCGCUCGCCUUCUUCUCCAUCUUUCCUUACGUGGCCGAGAUGGUCCAGCGUAACGGCAACCUUGCGGACUCUGAUGUCGGUUUCUAUAGCGGCCUCGUCGAGGCGGCCUUCUCAGCGGCGCAAGCUGUGACCCUGCUACUCUGGGGCACACUAGCCGAUCGUUUCGGGCGCAGAUCGAUGCUCAUGUACAGUCUCGCCGGCAUGGCAACCGGCACGGCCCUAUUCGGCACGGCUUCGGAAUUAUGGCAUAUGAUACUCUUCCGAAGCCUCACGGGCCUAUUCUCCGGCGCCAACCUCAUCAUACGCACCAUGAUUGGCGAGCUGUGCACGCCGGACUCGCAGGCCGCCUUCUUCAGCUGGUAUGCUGUUGCCGGGAAUCUGGGCAUCUUCAUCGGACCCAUCAUCGGCGGUGCUCUCGCGGAUCCGGCCAACCAGUAUCCCUCGGUCUUUGGGGACAGCGCGUUCCUGCAGCGCCAUCCCUACGCCUUGUCUGGUUUCACCACGGCGGCCAUGACCGGCACCGCCGUCCUGAUCACCGCCGUCGCAAUCCCAGAGACGCUGCCGGAACAGGCAGGCGGCAGUCUCUCCAGGGCAUGUCAGAUAGUGCAGCAGGACUCUCCGCAGCCCUCGAUGCGGCAGAUACUGCAAACGACGCAGGUGCAGGCCGUGCUGGGCGGCUACGCGUAUGUCAUGUUCAUCGCCAUUGCUUUCAUGGCCAUCCAUCCCGUCGCGCUGUACACGCCCGUCCACCAUGGAGGGCUCGGGCUCUCGACGGCCCAGAUCACGAUCUUCAUCGCGGCUGUCAGCGCCAGCGAGACUGUGUGGCUCAUGAUUGCAUUCCCCGUGCUGCAGCGCCGAGUCGGUACGAAACGCGUCCUGGUCGUCUGCUCGUGGCUGUGGCCGCUCUUCUUCGCUGGGUAUACGGUCACCAGUGCGCUCGAGCGAGAGGGUCAAACCAUCGCUGCCGUGGUUGUGGCCGUGUUCAACAUUGUCGUUGGGCCGGGGGCGUUCAUGGCCUUCACCGCCGUCCAGCUGGCCGUCAACGAGGCGAGCCCGAGCCCCGGCGUCCUGGGGAAGCUGAACUCGUCGAUCGAGAUCCUGUCCAGCAUUAUCAGGAGCGUUGUUCCAGGCAUAGCCACGGCCGUCUUCGCAGUCGGGGCGCGAGGGAACAUUUUAGGCGGCUAUCUAGCUUGGGUGGUCCUCAUCGUGUCCACGAUGGGUCUCCCAUUAAUCCUGAAGCGAUUCCCGGAUGAUCACGUUCGUUGUUGA